AUGGGGGAAUUUAUCAGUGUCUGCGAGCUACGGCACGCGCCGGGGUGCUGUAAAGGCACCGGCGCCGACCUGUCUACGGAGAGUUCCAUCGUGAAAAUUCAAGGUGAUAAGGCCGGGAGUUGGGUGUAUUUAUACCAAAAUCACCGUCUGUAUUUCGAUGCACAAGCAUCGAAAACUAAAAACGUUUAUCGUUGUGCACAUCGGCGGAAAGGCUGCAAGUUUAUCCUUUACGAACAUCUGAAUGGUUCCAUUGGGGAUAAUGGAGAGGAGCAUUUAGACUUAGAAGACUCAACAGCCAUCGAAACCGAUAAUUAUCGGAAAGCAGUUGAUGAGACUGUGCGUGCAGGAGGCAGUCUAAAAGAUAUUACAAAUACAUUGACAGAAAGGUUCUCCCAUAUCAAAUCGAGGAAGACAAUCGGCAUGAAGGUGCGACGCACCGUACCACCUGUACCCAUCCCGAGGGAUUUAAAGGUCCUAUCUUCAUUGAUAAGGAAAUUAGAAAAUGACCAAGUCAUUUUGCAGGGCGAGGUUUCAACAGAAAAGGGGACGGCUCUCAUCUUUGGUAUUCACGACAUGACCCAAAGAAUCCAUUCGAAAUCGAAAAUAACUGUCGAUCGAGUAACAAACGUUUUGCCUCAUCGCGAAGGGACAGAAAUUUUGACCAUCAAUUUAGUGCAGUCAAAGGGACUUUUGAUCACGACGUAUGCUUUGUUCGUCGUGUACCUGAGUGAAUCUUCUCAAUCACUAUUUGAGGAAAUCCUGAAAUUCGUCGCUCAAAAGGAACCAUCCCUGAAGUCAGUAGAAACCGUUUUCGUAGGUACCUGUCAACCACUCACAGAUGCUGUUGCGAUUAUACUUCCUGAUGCAGCUAUCCAAAUUUUAUGGUCCGAUUAUGUCAAAGAUAUUGGGGCUUUAUGGCAAGAGUGUGGCUUGGGAGAUUCCCCCAAGAAAAUUUACCAUCAUUUGAUGAUCUUGGGGCUUUCCGGGGAAGAUCGCAUCAAAGCCGGCAUGGAGUUCGUUGAUGAAGAAAUCCGGGCACACAUAACGGAUUUUCCUCAGCUAGGAAGCUUUUUCUAUCUUUUCAAGACUCGCUGGGACAACAAUUUAAAGCUCUUAGGAGCUCCCUUGGAGGCUCUCCAGGUUCAUCGCAGGACGGAGGCCGUUGGAAGAUAUCUUUCUGUUCAAUUCGGGUACAACAAGAAGAGUGUCGAAAAAUUAACACGUGUCCUCUAUGAAACGUUGAAAAGCGAAAAUGACCUGAUGAAGUCAUUUCAGAGUGGCGAAAAACGCCUCAUAAAGGACAAAACAAAUUCCUUCGUUCUGUCCCGAGAUGUCACCCAUUUCAUGACGGUCAAUCAGCAGUGCACCAGAAAAAGAAUUAGUUUGGCGAGUUUCUUCGCCACAUGCUUAACGCCGCCAUUGCUGUCAAAAUUGCAUGGACUGCUGAGAGGCCCUGAAAAUCGCACAUCAGCAACCCCGCUUCUAACAUCAGACAGUAAUAAUGGUGAAGUGCAAGCUGUAAAUUCUGGGUUUUUCAAGAGGAAGCAUGCUGCAAAAAUAGUAGACAUCAGUGCAUUGCCUUCAAUGAGUGGCUCAAAGAAGCAACACACUGGUGGACCACGUCCGGAGUCUCCAGAGCCGUUAGGACAUGCUUCAGAUGAUGAACAAUCGCUUUGGGAAUUCGACGGAUACACGUUUACUAUUAAGCAAUCUUAAACUCAUAAAACUAAUCGUGUCAAUUCACUACUGACUAGUUUAUAUGUCGAGCUUGAUGUUUGUUAUAUUCAUUUUAAUUAUUCUAUAUUAACUAU